UAGGCGUCAUCGCUACAGUUGAUUGGUGGUUUGCGGCUGCGUCCGCAUGGCAACCGUGAGCUGUGUACAAGAAAGAAGGCAGAAGUGACCUUUCUGGAGAGACUCUGGCUGGUAUUUCAACAUCCAAACACCAGUUCCUCGGCUCUGCUUCGUAGUUACAGUUACAUUUGGAGUCUGCAGACGGAUUGGAGCGGCUUUAAUGCGGCGUGCUGUUGGCGCAGACUGACAGCCAGCUGUAAGCUGCCACAACAGAUUUGUAAUCAUGACGGCAGAGGAGACCAUCAGCAUUAAGGAGGCGGAGGUGAUCAAGGUGAUGCUGGACUUCCUGAACUCCAGGAAGCUGCACAUCAGUAUGCUGGCCUUAGAGAAGGAGAGCGGCGUCAUUAAUGGACUCUACUCCGAUGACAUGCUCUUCCUCAGGCAACUCAUUCUGGACGGGCAGUGGGAGGAGGUCAUGCAGUUCAUUCAGCCUCUAGAAGGAAUGGACACAUUUGACAAGAAAAGGUUCCGCUACAUCAUUCUGAAGCAGAAGUUUCUGGAAGCUCUGUGUGUAAAUAACGCCAUGUCUGCUGCUGAAGACCCUACGAACCUGGAGCUCACCAUGCAGGGGGCUGUCAAGUGCCUCCAUGAACUGGAGGAGUUCUGUCCGACCAAAGAGGACUACAGCAAGCUGUGUCUCCUCCUCACCCUGCCACGCCUCACCCAACACGCCGAGUUCAAAGACUGGAACCCAAGCACGGCACGUGUCCAUUGCUUCGAGGAAGCCUGCGCCAUGGUAGCUGAGUUCAUCCCUGCGGACAGGAAGCUGAGUGAGGCAGGCUUCAGGGCGAGUGGGAACCGCCUCUUCCAGCUGCUCAUUAAAGGGAUCCUUUACGAGUGCUGUGUCGAGUUCUGUCAGAGUAAAGCAACUGGUGAGGAGAUCACUGAGGGUGAAGUGUUGCUUGGCGUGGAUUUGCUUUGCGGGAAUGGCUGUGAUGAACUGGACUUGUCACUGCUCUCCUGGCUGCAGAACCUUCCUCCUGGUGCCUUCUCCUGCGCCUUCCAGCAAAAGACCCUCAACAUACACGUGGACCGUCUGGUGAAGCCUAGCAAGGCCGGCCACGCCGACCUCCUCACUCCGCUAAUCAACCGCCUGUCCCCCUGCCCAAACUCAUCCUGCCACCAGAGGCCUCAUUCGGCAGACACUUAUAUGUCCAGAUCCCUCAACCCAGCUUUAGACGGCCUGUCGCACGGUCUAGCAGCCCAGGACAAGAGAGGCAUGGAGGCCAACGUGAAGUCUGCCCUCAGUCGGAGCUUAGUGGAGAAUAAUGUGCAUCACCAGGACGAUUCACCUGAAAGGAAGCACCCACAAGGGCUGGACGGACCCAACACCACACGCACGCCUCUGACCCCUGGAAAAGAUGGGUCACCCUGCAGCACAGAAACGAAUGAGCAUGUUGACUCCACAGAGCACAUCCAGGAGUAUCACAGGCAGCGUCUCCGUGUGCAACAGCAUCUGGAGCAGAAGAAGCAGCAGAGACAGCUUUACCAGCAGAUGCUGCUGGAGGGAGGGGUGAAGCCGCAAGACGGAGCCCAAAACAACCUCACUGAGACAUUCCUCAGCAGAUCCAUUCAGAAGUUGGAGGAGAUGAAUGUGAGCACUGACCACAGAGGCGAUGAGGUGAUGACACAUCUGGGCCAGCAGUGGAACGGACUGACAGAGAACGGCAGCACUUCAAGUCCCAGAACCAGCAACACCCACCACACCCCAGACACCGGGCCGCCAAAGGACAAGCCAGGUGGGGGGGUCAGCAGCACCCCGUUAAGGACCGGGAGCCCCGGCUUGCCUUCCCUCAGCGAGUCCCCAGUUCCUGGCAGUCAAAGUGCAGAGAGGAUCCGAGGGUCUUGUCCCACAGUCCAAGAUGAUUCUGCCUGCUCUGCGACACGUAACUCACAAGAGCCGGGGAAGUCCAAAACACAUUUUGUUAAAGUGAGCCAGCUGGAGGACACACAGGCGGUGCGUGCAGUGGCCUUCCAUCCCUCUGGAGCGCUCUACGCUGUCGGCUCCAACUCAAAAACACUGAGAGUCUGUGCCUACUCAGAAACUCUGACCCCCAGUGGUUCUGGUGCAGUCAAGCAGCCAGCGGUGCGCUUCAGAAGGAACAAACACCAUAAGGGCUCAAUCUACUGCGUAGCCUGGAGCCACUGUGGACAACUGUUGGCUACUGGCUCCAAUGAUAAAUAUGUCAAAGUCCUGCCCUUCAAUGCAGAGAGCUGCAAUGCCACAGGCCCAGACCUGGAGUUCAGCAUGCAUGACGGUACCAUCAGGGACCUGGCCUUCAUGGAGGGCCCUGAGAGUGGAGGAUCCAUCUUGAUCAGUGCCGGGGCCGGAGACUGCAACAUCUACACAACAGACUGUCAGAGAGGACAGGGUCUUCACGCCCUGAGCGGACACACCGGUCACAUUCUGACUCUGUACACGUGGGGAGGGUGGAUGAUCGCCUCUGGCUCCCAGGACAAGACAGUCCGGUUCUGGGACCUGCGGGUGCCCAGCUGUGUCCGGGUGGUAGGCACAACUCUGCACGGCUCAGGAAGUGCAGUUGCUUCUGUGGCAGUCGAUCCCAGUGGCCGCCUGCUGGCCACAGGUCAGGAGGACAGUACCUGCAUGUUGUAUGACAUCAGAGGAGGCCGCAUAGUCCAGACAUACCGCCCCCACGGCAGUGACAUUCGCUCAGUGCGCUUCUCUCCUGGAGCCCAUAAUCUCCUCACCGGCUCUUAUGACAACAAAAUCAUCAUAAGUGACCUUCAAGGUGACCUAACAAAGCCCCUCCCUCAGACGCUGGCAGGGGAGCACUGGGACAAAGUGAUCCAGUGCAGGUGGCACCCCCAUGACCGGACCUUCCUCUCCUCCUCUGCAGAUCGAACUGUUGUCCUCUGGGCACCAGGCCCCUGAGUUAUUGACUGGAGAAACACUGCUUACCAGCAGCAGCAGCAGCAGGAAGCACAAGAACACAGCAUCUGAAUACAUCCCAGCAUGGCAUCACUAACUGCUGCGGGGUGUGUGUAUGUGUGUGUGUGUGUGUGUGUGUGUGUGUGUGUUGCGUAUUAGUGUGCAUACAUAUCGUGAGCCUCAAGCUGAUUAUAUGCUGCUCAGUUUGGAGUUUAGUGUGUGCGUGUGUGUCUUGUGUCUGCAUAUGUAUAUGUGUAUAUAAAUUGUGUGACAGAUUUAAA